AUGUUCGUGCGUCUCUUUGUGGACGAGAACCUGGACCGGAUGGUGCCCAUCUCCAAGCAGCCGAAGGAGAAGAUCCAGGCCAUCAUCGAAUCCUGCAGCCGGCAAUUCCCAGAGUUCCAGGAACGAGCUCGCAAACGCAUCCGCACUUACCUCAAAUCUUGCCGUCGCAUGAAGAAGAACGGCAUGGAAAUGACCAGGCCGACCCCUCCUCACCUGACCUCAGCCAUGGCCGAGAACAUCCUGGCAGCUGCUUGUGAAAGUGAGACGCGGAAAGCAGCCAAGCGGAUGCGGCUCGAGAUCUAUCAGACGUCACAGGACGAACCGGUUACCCUCGAGAAGCAGCAGUCUCGGGAUUCGUCCGCCUCCGUCACGCAUUCGUCCUACUCACUGCCAGCCUCCUCCUUCUCCCAGGACCCCGUCUACAUCAACGGGAGCCUGAACUACAGCUACCGCAGCUAUGGGACGCUGGGAGGGGCUCUGCAGCCGACUCCUUCACUCCAGACAGGGAAUCACAGUAACGGCCCCACUGACCUCAGCAUGAAAAGCGGCACGUCCAGCACCACCCCACCAGCCAACAGCACGAACCGGGGGGUGCCAGCCGCCCAGCUCAGCCCGACCGAGAUCAGCGCCGUCCGGCAGCUGAUCGCCGGCUACCGGGAGUCCGCAGCCUUCCUCCUCCGCUCGGCAGACGAACUGGAAAACCUCAUUUUACAGCAGAACUGACUGCCGGCUUCCCCGGGGCACUUGUGCCGGAAGAGACUGUCGUCCUCCAGGCUUCCUUGAUAAAUCUGCUCAGGACUGGCCGAUCCUCUGCCUAUCACUGCCCAACCCACCUACCCACCCACCCACCCCCCGGCACAGGUUGGAGACCCCACCCCACCCUCGAGAAAUCCUCUUGUUCUUCUUUCGACCUGGAGCCCUUCUUCUGCCUUUGAAAGCUACACCAACCUGGUGCCCUCUGCCAACCGGAGCCAGCCUCACCGCCUGGAAAUAAUGGGGACCCACGGUGGGUUUGGGGGAAGCAGGAGCGGAUUUCGGGCUGGCAGAGCGCUUCUGGCAGUCGGGAUUUUUCUCGUGGAGCCCACCGGCAACGGUAGAGCCCCUCUUCCCCGUUCUCUUUCCAUCCCCCGCCCCCCGUCCCUUUCCUUCCAUCUUUGGAAUUGCAUAUUUAUUGAGAAAUGCACCCCGUCCCUCCUGCCCUCCCCCACCUCCGUUCUUUCUCCCCAUAAUUUAUUUUUU